UGUUUUCACAUCUUUAGUUGGUCAGAAAGUGCAGAGUCUUAAAAUUAAAACUCGAGCAAGAAGGAAUAUUUGAAAACUUCUCGCUACAAUAAACAAAAAAACAAUAAUAACGUUCAAGCUGAAAAUUAGAGUGAUUAACAUUUCCAACGUUUGCCGGGAACGGACGCGCGCUCGUGUAUAGGGAAUUUCCCGUCGAAGUCAUUCGUUGCCCCGUUAUUAUUGCUUUUCUUUCCACCUUUGCUGCUCUUCGCGAUACUAUAGCAUCCGUGCCAUUUUCUUGCGAAACAAGACGAAACACAGUGGGCUUCCUUUGUGGCACGAACUUCGAUCUAGGAAGCAGUUGAAAGUUGAACAAAAGUGUUGUUGCGAAAUCAAACCGAGUGAUCAAAAUUAGGAUUGCGUUGCUGACGCUUGAUUUGCCAACGGUUUCGGGAGAGCACACAACAAGCGACCGGGAGCAACACAGAUUCGACACCAGCGUGGUGCAAAAUGUUGAUCAAAGAAUUCCGAGUUACCCUGCCACUGACAGUCGAGGAGUACCAAGUUGCACAGCUCUACUGCGUGGCGGAGGUGUCCAAAAAUGAAACGGGCGGCGGCGAAGGUAUUGAAGUGCUAAAAAAUGAACCCUUCGACAACUAUCCACUGCUUGGUGGAAAGUACAAUUCCGGUCAGUAUACGUACAAAAUUUAUCACUUGGCCUCCAAGGUUCCGGCUUUCAUCCGGCUGCUCGCUCCCAAGGGAUCACUCGAGGUACACGAGGAGGCCUGGAACGCGUACCCGUACUGUCGGACGGUCAUAACCAAUCCUGGCUAUAUGAAGGAUAAUUUCAUCAUUUGUAUCGAAUCAUUACACGUCGCCGACGCUGGUGAUCAGCCUAAUGCUCACGAGCUGACUCCGGAGAAGCUGAAGCAGCGUGACGUGGUCCCCAUCGACAUUGCAAACGAUCCCGUGUCGCAGACGGACUACCGAGAAACGGAGGAUCCUACCAAGUUCAAAUCGGUUAAAACCGGUCGCGGUCCGCUAGUUGGUCCGGAGUGGAAGAAGAAGGUGUCGCCGGUUAUGACCUGCUACAAGCUCGUCACCUGUGAGUUCAAAUGGUUUGGGCUGCAGUCGAGAAUAGAGAACUUUAUCCAGAAGUCGGAACGGAGGCUUUUUACCAUCUUUCACCGGCAAGUGUUCUGCUGGAUGGAUAGCUGGCACGGGCUAACUAUGCAGGACAUCCGUGAGCUGGAGGACAAAACCAAAGAGGAGCUGGACAAGCAGCGCCACCUGGGUGAGGUGCGUGGUAUGCGUGCCGAAAGUGAUUAAUUUGUUCCCUCGGUACUUCGGGCUCUGCUACCUACUACUACUACUAUUACUACUACUGCUACAAAUGCUACGGCAUCUCGACGACGGUCACGAUUAUUGUGAGUUUACGGUAUCGGAGGAUCGCACGGGAGGAGAGUGUUAUUGGAUCUCUUCGCUAGCCGCGAGGUCCAUGACUCGUGAUCACGCCAGGAAUGGAGCAAAAAGUGUGUUAUAAUUUUUUUUUGUUCAUCGUUUUUUCCUAUAAUUUUUGUUUUCGUUCUCUCGCGGCGUCGACGAAAAAUGUAGGGCAGACUACGAAUGUGGUGAGUGGGAUGGAUAGAACUGUGGUUAUGCUAGCAGAGCGCUCAACAAGCAAAAUGUCCCCACGCCAGGUGGCUUAAAAAGUGGUCGGAAGUAAGUGUAAGUGCAAAGACCGAUUAAAAUAAUGUGUAAACAAAGUGAACGAAAAGCGGAAGCAGCGUUACAUUCUUCUUGUCGCGAUCGUCGUCGCAAGCAAGACACAUGUUGGAAUGGGAAGGUGACUGGGCAAUAUGAUUUGCAGAAAUAAACUGAACCGGAAGAUUCGAAACCCGAACUUGGAGCAAAAUGAAACAAAAGUUCACAGUCGAAUGAGAAACUACAAUCCGAAGCGCCUCCCACAAGCAGGGGCUUUUGGCGCAGAUGCGGAAAGAAAACUAAAAAUAGUAACACCGUAAAUUACCGCGCGUAAACCAUGGUAGAACGACGAUAAAGAAAUCAGUAAGAAUAGAAAGGCACAGCAGAAUGCUUAUUGCAAUAUUAAGCCGAAUAAAUUGCAUAAUGCAGCGUGAUAAUUGAUCGUUCGAAUUACAAAAAGUAUUGCAAAACCUUUACCACAAAAGCAGCUAAUAAUAGCAGCAAACAUACGGUAGAAAGAAACAAUAAAAAAAGUUAACGCGAAUGAAGCGGACAGUUCCGUUCCAAAGGAUGUUGAGGCAACGCACCAAUCCAGAAUCCGAAACUGCACGCAGUGUGUGACGGGUCUGCAAGUGCAUGUUGGUGUAUCUUUCAGCUUCUAUGAGCAAUAUAGUGAACCAAUAUCCACAGGACUUAAGACGCCAAUCACGAGACCCCACUUAGAGCUACGUUCGUUGAAGAGUAGAACCCAACCGACGACACAAUAAAGGGAAAAUGUAUAAUUUGCCUAAUCCAUUAUUCGAAAUGGCAGCAGUGGUGGGUGUGCUAAGGUUCAUAUUAAUCGCCUUCUGAACGGCUCUGGAUCCUUAACCUGCACCGAUUGAAUGAAACCGAUCGCGAACCGGAAACGCAAAUUGUGUUUCUGGUUCUGUGAAUCCCAGUAGCCAGUCGUCCCCAUUUAUCUUGUGUUUUGUGGUAGUAAGAUUAUUCGUUAGUUUUCAGUUCGUGUCUAUUUAUCAGCUGCGGGCAAAGUGUUUAGUCAGUCGUUCUUCACGUAUUUUAUUUUCUCUCAAAACUCCUGCAUGCGUUAAGGUAAGUUUGAUGCUAUUUUUGUUAUUUUUUCGUGAUCCACACCAUUUUUGUUAUCUGUUUGUACUUCUUUUUUUAAAAACUACAAAAGACAGCCCGAUCGACUGUAGCCGGCAGGCGAAUAGGAUAAUGUCGAACCAAUUGUAAACAUCAAGCAAAGAAAGAAAAGUUGCGUAGCAACGCUUAUUAAAGUGUAUAUUUUAAAAGACAACAAACACGUUUCAAGAGCAAUUAAGAACGCAAAGUGUUCAUAUGCCAGCUGAAAGCCGAGAGCGAGCAAUAGAGAUGUGCACUUGCCUAUCGAAAUCUCAAUCCUCCAUGUAGAACCGCAUCUACAAAACCAAUGUACUAGGGCCACAAACAGAAGAUUGAAAACCAAAGAACCGUGACAAACAAUCCCUUGAUUUGCUAGCUGAGGUGAUCAUCAAGCAUUGCUUACAAACAGAGAUCACCAUUAUUCGAUCGCUGGGACUCAUAGAUAGUUCGAUUUCAGAAGUGACACCAUUACUUAAACAGCGUGAAAGUAAGUU